AUAACACCACUAAUCAAUAUGGAAAAUAUUAUAUUUAUGGCUAAAAUGAUUUUAUGAUUAAGACGAAAAUUAUAGUCUUAAUCAAUAAAAAUCCAAAUAAAUAUAUACAUAUAAAAACAAAUUGAAUCAAUAAUCAACAUACACACACGCAAGCAAGUACACAAUCGGAACUAAAUAAAAAAUUGCAAAAUGACUGAAAAUGUUCAGUGUCCAGUAUGUACUCUAUACCUGCAUGCAGGCAUGAACCUUUCGGAUCACUUGGAGACACAUCCGAAAGAACAAGUGAUUCGAGCCCUAGUACAAAUGACCAUAUCUGGCACAGGAGUUGGGAGCAAUAAUACAUUGGCAGCUGUUUUAGCUGGUGAUAAUGGUAACAAAAAACCAGCAGUAGAAUUGGACGAGAAACCUUUGCCAAACAUAAAAGAUAACGAGCUUAAUAUUAUCAGUACGGGCAAUAGUUGCAGCGCCAGCACAAGCAAUUCUGCCAGCAAUUGUUCAUUGUCAAACCAAAGUGUUAGUAGUAGUCAAAAUUCUAAUAACGUAUUAAAUUUUUCCGGUACUAAAAUUGAACGUCAUAAUGAAAACGAGCAGGAUAAAACGCAAAUAUGCCCACCACCCAAGCCGAUCAAAACGGUGGUUAAGUCGGAAUCGAAUACUGUGUCAAUGGGAAAAGAUAAUGUGUCUGCGAAUGAAAGUAUGAAUCAAUGCUUUUCGAAGAAGAAUUUCGAUCAAUCGAAUUCAUCCUCAAACACUACAACAAAUCCAAGUCAUUCAUAUCAUCCAAAUGCUUUAGAAUUGACCAAUACAAACAAUGUUCAUAAUAAUUUUAAUGUGUUUGGCGGGAAUCCUCGCUAUGAGCAGCAUCAGCGUAAUGGAGUAAGUAAUCAAAAUCCGUUACAUACACCACCACAUAUGCCGCCACCACCACCUCCAUCAUCAGCCCUAAGUCAUUCUGGUCAACAUCAAGAAGUAGUCCGCGGAAUUGUACCAGCGGGAUCUAAUGGGACGUUUAAUUCUAUACAACAACAACAAUUGACAGCUCCACCACCCCCACCGCAUCAUUCAUCAUCGCAUUUAGGCAAUACAUCAAAUAGUCAGCGUCAGGCUCACAUGUUUGCAGCAGGUCAACAUCAACCGCCACCAUCGAAUUCUCAACAUCAACAAAGUUUAAAGGUUAUAUAUACGCCAAAUUUGCCACCACCGCCUCCGCUCCAGCUUUUCACUUAUCAGCCGCAAACACAUUUGCAACAUCAUCAGAAACCCCCACCGGCCUAUGGCACUGCAAUUAGUCAAAUACGAUCUCAACAUAAUCAGAAUAAGCAACAAGUGACAGCGUCAUUGCCAACGCAGCAUCAAACAUUGCAAACCCAUUCAGUUUUACAACAACAACAGCAGCAACAUCUUUUGCAGCAAACGUUGCCACACAAUUUAAGGAUUCAAGUACCACCGCAACCGAUUCCAUCAAAACAUUCAUAUUCGCCAAAAAACAAUGGUUUGCCAACUCAGCAUCAUUCAACAUCUUCUACAAGGAGUAAUCAACACCAACAACAUCAGCAACUACCCAAAACAGAUGUGUCACAACACCUGCAGCAGGAACAGCAACAAUCACAAGCUAACUCUGAAAAUACACAAAAUUCUAAUAAUCACAUUUUCAAUUCGAAUGAAAUUUUGAAUAAAUCAAUAAAAGGAACAUCUUCAACGGCAGUGCAAAAUACAAAUUCCAAUAUACUAUCGUACCCACAAGUUUCAAUAAGUCCAUCUGCUGCUUCAACAUCAAUGGCUGCUGUAGCUGCCUCAACAUUAGGUAGACACACAAAUUCACCAUUUGCAGCGUUAUUAGCUGCGGCUGCUGGUGCUCCAUCGCCUUCUAAUGCUUCGUCAGUUUUACGGUACGCAGAGUCGCCGGUUGCACAUUAUUUAGAACGGGAAAAUGGCGAUUUCAUUGUACAAGAAACUCCCAAACAUAUUGUUGAAUGUGUUGAGACAGAUAAUGGAGAGUUUUCCGUCAUUGAACGUAUAUACCAAUCACCACCCAGUGUUUUACAUAUUCAUGACGACGAUGAUGACGACGACGAUGAUGACGAUAAUUGUGACGACCAGGCUGAAGAUGACCAAAACGAAUGUGUUGAUAGUAAGUCUAAGUCUAAGCUUGAUAUUGACCCCAGUGAUAAAACUGAAGAUGAAAUAGAUGAAAAGCAAAGGACAACAAAAUCGUUCUCUAAUGACGAUGCAAAGAUGUCUAUAGAAACGAACGAUUCUAAAAGGAAACCUAAAUCUAAAGAUGAGUCUUUGGAGGAUAAAGAAAUUGUUGAUUUUGUAAGCAUUUCGAGUGACAGCGGCGACGAAGAAGAAUUCAUAUCUCAAGAACGAAAAGAUUAUAAAAAUACCACCGAAAUGAAUAAAAUUAUAAAGAAUCAAACUUCCUCCACAUCAACGCUCUCAAUGUCUACAACGUCACCGCUCUCCUUAUCGACAUCCUCAUCUGUAUCACCUUCAUUAAAUGGUGCAUCCAAUGGUGGUGACGAUCAACAAAUAAAUUCUACACCAUCCACUUCAAUACAUUCUACUUCUUCUUCAGCCACGGCAAAUACAAACCAAACACAACCCAAUUCUGGAGUCACCACCAAUACAAGUAGUCGAAAGAAAUCAUCGAAAAACACAAUCACAGUUUUAAGUGAUGUACAAUUGAAUUUAAAUGAAUAUUUGGAUUUAGUGGGUAAUAUAAUUGCUUCGAGUAAAGUAGCGGCACAGCGUAAGACAUUUGCGUCGAUAGCUCCUAUUCCUUUGGUUAAAAUCGAAAAGGAAGAGCCUAUGGAUGAAUACAUAACAACAAACACAACAACAUCAGCAACAUUAACAACGUCAACAACAACAUCUAAUUUUGAGACUCCACCACAACCACCAACACCUUUAAAGGCCAACAAACAUGAGACUGAAGAAAUAACUGAUACCCCUAGCAGUAGUAAUAGUAAACAAACAACAAAUAAUAGUAAUGUAAUUUUAACAAAUGAACUAGAACAUGAUGAACAAGAAGAGAAAAAACCUCAGGUCUUCGAAAGUGCUACCGAAAAUGAAAUUGGAAAUUCAAACGUCUUUUCGAAUGCCUCAUCUAGCCAAACGACUAUAAAUUCCAGUCACGUUACCAGUGUUAUACGUAUGGCCACAACUAGUCAACACCAAUCCCAGCUGCAACAACAUCUGCUGAAUGCUGUAGAAAGCAAUAAAAGCUCUAUAGAAGCUGAAGAUCUGUCGCAACCCCAACGUAAUGUUCAAUCUUUGUCAAACUCCAAAUCAGUAGGCCAGACACCAUUGGCUCGCAAAGGUCCCAAAAAACUUGUUAUUAAGCCUAAAUCUUCAAAGACUGAAGUUUUGCCACCAACCACAACCACUGCAAAUAAACCAAACUCAAAUCUAGUACAUGAAGAUCUGGAAAUGCCAACGACUUCCGCUAAGGCUAGGCAAGAGUUUACCAAACAAAGUUCUCUCGAAGAGGAUGCGUUUAAUGCCACAGAUAUAAAGGUUAAAAAUGAACCCAUUACGUCUAUAACAUAUGAAAAUCAACAACAACAUUCUCUCUAUCAACCAACUACGAGCUUCAGUAUCUUGGAGCAACAUCUAAAUUCUAAAGAACCUAUUCUCGAGUUUAAGGAGGAAAAACCAUGCAUAACAGAAGCUAGUGUGCCGCCAACGUCUAUCAUAAAAGAAAUGAAGUUAGAAAAUAAUGUUAAUGAUGAUGCACGUGUACUUUAUGAUUUUGCUAAUUCUAAAAAAUCUCAAAACGAAACACCGCCAACAUUUCCAUCUUCCACAUCGCUUUUUGCAAGCAAACAAACUUCCAUAGAGAUCACAUCAGCCGGAGAGAUUCAGCAGCAGCAAUUAACUAAGGAAAUGAAUCAUGAGCAUGAUACAUCUUCUUCAUCGUCAUCAACAUACUCAUCACAAUCAGCUAUGGACGCAACAAUGCCAUCAGAAGAGCUGAACGAAAGUUCUGCUACAAAUACUUCUGCUGCAGUAAUUGGCCAAAUUCAACAACAACAACAACCAAAUCAGGCUUAUACUGAUUUUCACUUCAAUUAUCUGUAUAAUAAUGGUGGUACUAAUGUGAUGGCGGUUACUUCUGCUGAACAAGCUGACAUAAAACAACCACAGCAAUUUCCAACAUUUUAUCAAAAUUCCAACAAUAACAACAACAAUAACGAUACAACGUUGUUGGAAGAUUCAUCAUCUAGUAAACACUAUACGGAAUAUCAGCAGCAACAACAGCAUAAUCAUCAUCCGGUACAGCAUCAAUCGGCUGUGUCACACCAUCAAUGGUUUAAUAAUAGUAAUAACUAUCAAACGUCUGAACCUAACGUUACACCACUAUCUUCAAAUCAUUCAGUUUCCAACAUGAACAAUGCUUUAGAUGGAAGUGAAGUUAGUAAAUAUUUGGAUUUGGAUUCGUGUAAACGCGAGCAAAAUAUUGAUAUAAUUGUUGCCGAUCGUGUAACUGUACCACCGCCGCCACCACCAUCUUCCUCGACUUCGUGUUCGUUUAAUGGCGCAACUGACAACAGUAUGGCUGGUAUCUGUUCAACGGCAGCCACCUUAAAUAUACGUACCGAUGAGAAAAUGCCAGCUAAAGGUGAAAUUUCUGAACAGGAAAGCAAUUGCGAUAUUGAUAAUUCGUGGAGUCAACCGAUGUAUGGCGAUAUAUCGGCACGCUUUUUCAAGACAACAUUUCCCGGCAUCUUUCCGCAAGACAACGGUUGGAAUCAUGAGGAAUAUUUUACUGUUCAGGAUUUGAGUGCCUCCACAACUGCACAGGCUGCUACUAGUGCCAGCAACAGACUGAAGAGCUUUGAGCCGACCAAUAGCAGCAGCAACAACAACAGCAAUGGAAUGCCAAUAUUUUCCCAAAAUUCUAAUGACAAUUGUAAUAUCGAUGUAAUGCCGUCAACAUCUGCUAAAAUCCGCAAGAGACGUAAACGUAGUUCUCAAGAUGGAAAAACGUCACAAACAAAUGGCAAGCGUAUGCAGCCAACAUCAACAGUAACCUCACAACAAAUGUUGAUGCAACAUCAAAGUGAGAUACCGGAAGUUGAGUUUAAUUUUCAACAUCAGCAUCAUUUACAGCAACAAAGUUUGCAACACCCCAGUACGUCAACAGCAUUUUUGGCAGGACCAUCAAAUGCUAGUACUGCCUUAACGUCUGGCUUUAUGGUGCAACAGCAACAGCUGCACACGCAACAGCAGCAAGCGCAGCCUCAGCAACACCAAACCCAACAGAAACAACGCACAAAAGUUUAUGAAUGCGGCCAUUGCAAUGCAAAAUAUUCCAAACUUAAAGAUCGUAAUGCCCACAUGGUUGAUUCCCACAAUUAUAUACGCCAAAAUAGAAGAUUAGUAUGUCCCGCAACUGGCCUUGCCACACCCCUGACGAAUUCAGAUAUGCAAGAUGUUGCUCUACCCACGACAAGUGCAGCUGGUAGCAUGUUAAUGACUCCUUUGCAAACUACUGACUGUGUGGGCGAUUACAAACAGAGUAUAGUAAAAAUAGAAAAUGAAAAUAUUCAACGGGAUCUAACGGGCGUAGAACCAAUCAAUGCCAACAUAAGUGCUAAAACUGAAAUUAUGGAAGACGACAAACUAAAUGUAGCCCUAGUACCCAUGAACGCACCAAAUGGUGAUGCAAACCUUGAAUACGAUACAAAACCACCAACCAAUAGUUUGCCAUUGUCGCUGACAACCCCCACCAGUAAAUUAACAACACUCUAUCGCAUGUUGGUAUCGUUUAAUAUGACAACAUUAAAACAAAACCAAAGCCUUUCCGAAUUCGAUGAGAAUCUUAUAAAAUCCUCGAUAUUCUUUUGUUACAUCUGUCGUCAGAAUUUCAAUUCAGUUAAAUUCUACGACGCCCAUUUGACCGAACAUCCUGCUGAAUGUUUUACUUGCGGCAAAAAAUUCCAGCGGUGGAAAAAUUUCUCGUUACAUUUAAAACGUCAUUUGGGUUGGAAGGAAUUCGGUUGUACAGUAUGCGAUAAGAAAUUUGUGGUACGCAGCGCUCUCGUUGAACAUAUGCGUAUGCAUUCUGGACUUUCGCCGUUGAAAUGUAAAGUUUGUGGUAAACACUUUAAACGCUAUUCGAACUUAACGCAACAUCGUAAGCGACAUUCGAAACAAAUCAUUCGUAGGAAAGAGUACGUUUGUUAUUGUGGCGAAGUCCUACCAUCCAAAGCACGCUUCUUAUGGCAUAAAGAAACGCAUGAUUCGAAACCGAAAUGUUGUCCCCAUUGUUGUGAUCGUUUCGUACAUGUCAACUCUUUGCGACGUCACAUACGUCUCGCCCAUUCAGAUAAAUUCGAUUACACUGAACCGAUGGAGUGUCCCAUCUGCAAGCAAAUAUUUGCCAAAGCCUCUAUGAAAGCUCACAUGGCAACGCAUUCCACAGAAACGCAUUAUGAUUGUGCUAUUUGCAGCAAGUCCUUCUCAACAAAAUGGAAUUUGAAAAUUCAUUCUUGGGUACAUGCAAAUCGCACCGCCAAACCCUUCAAGUGUGAACACUGCCCCAAGGCAUUUGUGCGCGAGGUAGAUUUCAAGAAUCACAUGAAUUCCCAUAAACAAAUCAAACCAUACACCUGCGAAGUGUGUGGCUGUAAGUUUAUACGCAAAUACAAUUACAUGCGCCAUAGAAGGGAGCAUCAUGGCAAUAAAAAGUACACCUGUGAUUUAUGUAAAAAGUCGUUCCAUCGCCACUACUAUCUCAUCGAGCAUAGACGCAUACAUACCGGCGAACGACCUUUUCAAUGCACGAUUUGUGGUAAAAGUUCAACUACCAAAACUAAUCAUAACAAACACCUAAAGAUCCAUCAUUCACGGGAUCCAUUUACGGUGGAAGUAUAAAUUGUAAGCAUUAUUUUAUAGAUUUUUCUCUCCUCUAAAUGUGAGUACAUAUUCUGUUUGUCUGAGUGUAGUUUGUAUUUUGUAUAACAUUAAUUUUGUUCAAAUGAUAACGUUUUUAUAUCUCACUCUUAAUAUGAAUGUAGGAUAGAAAAUUUCUAUGUUAAUAUUAAUUAUAGUCAUAGAAAUUAUGAAACAGACAAAAGAAAAAACAACUAAAAUUUCUAAUCUAUGUGUGUGUGUAUGUUGAUUUGUUAAAAAAAUAUAAUAUUGGAUAAACAAACAAAAAAUUAGAUGAAAAAAAAACAAAAAAAAGUAUUAAUUAGAAAUUAGUAAAAAAAAACUAAAA